GGUGGCUUUUCAUUGUCCACCUUCCUGUGCCCCCGGACCAGCUAGAAGGAGUCCUGGCUUCGGUUUACUGGCUGUUGCAGUGGUCUAGGCAGCAACCUAGGGUUUUUGUUUGGUUUUCUUUUGGCUGUUUGUUUAGCUGUGGCUUCUAUGAAGGAAUCGGAUGCAAAGAGCAACUUUUAUUGUUUUCUUUUUGUUUUGUUUCUUUGCCUGAGGAGCAAGUGCCAAGUCGUGAUGAGUGAACAAGUCAUCAAGUCAUGAGACCAGCAAAACUACAGAAAGCAAAACUUCAGAAGGGCCUGAGACUUUCAAUUGUCUGUUUCAGAUCCGGUAGAGAACAUGUUCCUCCUCCUGCUAAUUUUGAGCCUGGGAGUACAGCUUCAUCAGACCAGAGCUUUAUUCAGAGUGGUGAUCCCUAAAGAACUAUACACAGCGGAACACGGCAGCAAUGUGACCCUGGAGUGUGAUUUUUACUCUGAAGAUGACCUGGCUGUUGAAUAUAUACAAGCCAGUUUGCAAAAGUUGGGAGACAAUACAUCCUUGAACAGCGCCACUUUGCUGAAGGAGCAGCUGCCCCUGGGGAAGGCCUUAUUCCACUUCCCCCGAGUCCAGCUGAGCGAUGCGGGGAAGUACCGCUGCGUGAUCGUCUAUAGGAGCUCCUGGGACUAUAAGUACCUGACUCUAAAAGUCAAAGCUUCCUACAAGAAAAUAAACACUCGCAUCCUUCAGGUUCCAGGGACAGAUGAGGUAGAGCUCACCUGCCAGGCUGAAGGGUACCCCCUGGCAGAAGUCUCCUGGCCAAAUAUCAGUGUUUCUGCCAACACUAGCCACAUGGAGACCUCUGACGGCCUCUACCAGGUCACGAGUAUUCUGCGCCUAAAGCCACUCCCUGGCAGAAACUUCACCUGUGAGUUCUGGAACGCUGAUGUGAAGGAACUUACUUCAGCCAUCAUUGACCCUCAAGGUGAGAUGGAACCCGAGAUCCCUUCAACUUGGCUGUUUCAUAUUAUCAUCCCUUCCUUCGUCAUUGCUUUAAUAUUCAUAGUUGCAAUGGUAAUCCUAAAAAAACAACGCUGCCAAAAGCUUUCUUCAAGAAAAGAUUUGAACGUGUGAUCUCCGGAGCUGGGGUGACUUGAUGGGACAUCCUCAAGAAGCCUCUGGACUCUGAAAGAGAAUCCCUUGGCCCACAAAGCUUGUUUGUAUUUUUCAAAUGCCCGUACAUGACCAGCACUUUAAUCAGGAGACUACAACAAGGCUAGGCAGCUCCUGGCCACCGUAUGCUCAGAGGAAGGCAGGCAGCGCACCUCUUCAUCCACCUGGCUCUCACCUCUAUAGCCUGUGACUGAGCAAGCACUAUAGCACUUUAGAAAAUGACCACAUUGGAUCCUGGGCCCCAGUUCAUGUCCUGAGGCUCCUUCUUGCUGUCGGAGUAAAAUCAAAGGGGAUUAUUUUCCCCUAAGUUUCCAAAAACUUCCCAGAGUGGAGAUGAAUGAAAAUCUUUAGUUACAGAAAUGGACAGAUUGCCAGUAAUUUUUAUCUAUAGGAAAAGCCUAUUGAAACUACCAGCUCACAGACAGGGCUUUCUACAAAGUCAAGCCGUAAGUGAUGCGUUUUAUGGCUUACUGGAAUCUUGAAAGCAUUUAAGUUGUUCUAAUCAACAAGAAGCAUUUAAGUACACAGAGUGGCCAACUACAAAUCGUGGAGAAAAGCCAUUGAGUAUUUUUGUGAAGUCUAAAUCACAAAGCAUUUAAAAUUUCUGGCAUGCUAAUAUGCUGUGCCUAAAAAGAUUUCAGAUGAGUAGCCAUAUGGUCAAAGCCCCAAAGGAAGGCUCAUUUCCUGGCUCUCUAUAUGACUUUAACUUACCCUUUCACUGGCUCAGUUUCUACGUCUGGGAUAUGGUGAUACCCACUAAUCAAGGUCUUUGAUUGUUGGCACUAUAGAAAUCCUGUGGAUCCCAAUGUGUAUGUCAAGGGGGAGAAUGACUGGGCACACCAACAAUAGUUUCAUUGUAUUAAAUUUGAUCUCUAUGCCGGGGCCAUGAAGCUCAGAGCAUUAGUUGACUCAGGAACUAUCCAAAUGUGUAUAUUAGCAAGUAUAACAGUGUCUUAGGGCCUAAAGCAAGCUCUUGAACUGGUGCUCAGGCUAAGGAGAAUUUGGAGUUAAUGAGAAUGAAGGUGUGUUUGUUACUCCGAAAAUGAGUAACAAACAAAUCAUAUAAUACCUAAAUUCCUCCAUUCCCUGUCUUUAAAAAUCAAAGAAUGCCUUUGAAGAAUAAAACUCAAUUGUUUUUUCUUCUAAUUUUGCCUAAGUGCCCAUCCAGGGCCCAUCCAAGUCAGUAAGUUUAAUAUUCAUCAGGCCAGUUGGCUCCCAGAUGUUAGAAAGCCUUUCACUUGGCUGCCCUUUUCAGAAGGGAGGGGUCCCAGAGCUGUUUCCCAGGGGUUGGUCUGGGGUCCCUGCGGGAGGAGCAGUACCUCCUAAUGCUAUGGAGAUCAGGGUAGGCAGAUAAGGCCUUCCACCUAUUCUGAAUCCCCACCUGCCCCCUGGUUAGCAUGCUAAUUCCUUGGCUGGUGGUAUUUAACUUAGGAACCCAGUUGCAUAAUGGUUUCUGUCAAAAUACUGCCAUCUUUGGUCCUAGAUUGGGGCUAUUCUCCAGAAUACCAAAUAGUGAGAGGGAUCCCCAGUUCUAGUAACCCAAAAUUCAGGCUUCUUCAGGGAAGUAUGAUAAAUGUUCUAUACUACAGCAUCUAUAAUAAUAAAAGCAUAAUAUGCUAACUAGACUGGAUGUCCUUCCGGAUGACCUUCUGGAUGAAGCCAGGGCUGUGAGGGAAGCCCGGGUCCCGGGUACCAGAGGGAAGCCAGUGCCGGCAGCCGGGGGAAGGAAGGCCUACUCUUGCAUGAAUUUCAUGCAUCAGGCCUCUAGUAUUCAUUAAAAUAUUGAGGAGAAUGGCUACACUUAACCUUCUUACCUUUUAUGAUGUUAAUAUGAUUGACUAAAAAGUAUAUAAAUGGCCACUUUUAAAAUAAAAUAGCUAGAUGAGUUUUAAGUCUUUUUUAAAAAAGUACCUUUUAAAAGGGAAGCAAAAAUAGCAUUUGGGAGAAUUUGAGGAAUUGAGAAAGACCAAACAAACCAAAAACAACCUAUGAUCUCAUCAUCCAAGCAAAAGUAUUUUCAUUUUUGCUGUCAGCAUCUGUUCUUCUUCCAGACAUGUACAUACCUUCAGAUAUCGUUAGUUGUAACAUAUAAUUUUCUAUUCUUUUCCCAAAUUGUCAUUGUACCAUAAGCAACUAUGUUGCUGACUGGUCUCCCUAAUUAUCAUCUUUAAUGGCUUCAUGGAUCACAGAUUCAUGACAACAAGAUGGAAUUAGGCCCAAACUCUAUUUAUCACCUGGACACUAUACACUUCUCCCUGCUUAACUGUGGGCAUUAUGUUCCGAGACAUCCAGUGGAUGCCUGAAGCCACAGAUAGUGCUGAUAUAUGUAUACUGUACUACAUUUUCCCUAUCCAUACAUACAUAUAUACUUAUGAUAAAGUUUAAUUUAUAAAGUAAGCACAGUAAGAGAUUAACAACACUAAUAAUAAAAUGGAACAAUCCUAUCUAAUAAAAGAGUAAUACGCAAAUUGACCAUCAUUCCAAGACACAAGAUGGCUGCCCCCAUGUGGUCAAAGAUGGCUUCCCCCAUGUGGACACAAGAUGGCCACCAAAAGAUGGCCUGCAGAGGAGGGCAG